AUGGCUGACAAUAAGAUCGAAGAAGGCGACAAAGUUUCCUGGAGCUGGGGCGGCGCAAAUCCAGAUGGAACCGCUGCAGAAGUCAAGCCUGGUGAAGUCUCAGUCACUAGUCAUCGCGGAAAUGAAAUCAAAAAGACGGGGGAUGAGGAGAAUCCAGCAGUACACAUUGAGAGAAGUGGGAAUGAUGUAGUGAAGUUGGCUAGUGAGUUGAAGGUGGAGGAGAAGGGUGAAGAGAGUAAGGAGGGAGAGGAGACAAAAGAGGAAGAAAACGCCAAUGAAUCAAAGGAAACCAAGGAGGAGACCAAAGAGGAGACCAAUGGCGAAUCAAAGGAUGAAGAAAUGAAGGAUGAAACCAAUGGUGAAGCCAAGGACGAGGAGAAAAAGGUCGAGGCAAAUGGUGAAUCAAAGGAUGAGGCCAAUGGUGAAUCAAAGGAUGAGGCCAAUGGUGAUUCAAAGGAUGAGACCGACGGCGAAACAAAGGUCGAAGAGGAGAAGGUCGAGACCAAUGGUGAAUCCAAGGAUGAAGAGAUGAAAGAUGAAACCAAUGUUCCAGACGAAAAGGUCGAAUCCGAGGAAGAAGAUAAAAAGGAAGAGGACGUGGAGAUGAAGGAUGGUGAAGAUAAGGUUGAGGAACAGAUCACUGAAGAAAAACCCGAGGAAAAUGCUGAGGAAAAUGCUGAGGAAAAUGCUGAGGAAAAACAUGUCAAGGAGGACGAGAAAAAAGAUUCAAAUGGCAAAGAAGAUAAAUCCGAGACCAAACCCAAGGCCGGCAACAAGCGCAAAGCAGAUGAAUUGGAAGAUGAAGCAGAGAGUCCAGAAGAGAGCGGCACCAAAAAACAAAAGACCAACGCUACUUCUAAUGGCACUGCUAAUGGUACUGACUCGAAGAAGAAGCCUGGUAGACCAAAGGGUGCAUCCACUGGUACACCUGCCAAGAGGGAAAAGAAGCUUCCUGCUGUUGGUCAAGCUCAACGAAAGACAAGAAGUCAAGCACGCAAGGAAUCUGUUUAG